AUGGCGCCUGCUCUGCACUCGGAUACGUAUGGUGUCGAUAUUUUAACAAGGCGAGAUCUCCAGAAUCCAAACCAUACACAGCAAGUCACUUUGGGUAUCAUUGGUGUCUAUGUUGUUGUUAUUGCUAUCCUAUGGAACGUUCCUUAUGUCCGCAUGGUCCUCUGGCCAUUCAAGAUGUUGGUCAUCGCCUUUCACGAAUUUGGUCACGCCAUCACCGUUCUUCUGACUGGAGGCCGCGUCAAGUCUAUCAGUCUUGAUCCCAACGAAGGCGGCGUAACUCACCAUAUUGGUGGCGCAAACGCUAUUGUUCUACCGGCUGGCUAUCUAGGCUCCUCCAUUAUCGGUGCCCUGCUCAUCUUUUGCGGCUUCAACAUCGUUGCCAGCAAAGUAGCCAGUAUUAUUCUUGGCGUAUGCUUCCUCCUGACUCUUUGGUGGGGAAAGCGUGAUUGGCUCACUAUCCUCACCGUUCUCUUGGCUGUUGGACUCCUCGUCGCUUGUUGGUUCAUCAAACACGCCGAAGCACUGCGUUUUGUCGUUCUCUUCAUUGGCGUUAUGUCUUCUCUCUACAGUAUUUGGGACAUUUGCGAUGACCUUAUCUUUCGGAAAGUUAAUGAGUCUGACGCCAGUGUGUUUGCAAAGCGAUAUGGUGGCUCCUCUCAGUGCUGGGGUGUCAUCUGGUCUAUUAUCUCGGUUCUUUUCAUGGCUGCCAGUAUUGUCGCUGGGUUGGCAGUAUUUACACAGUCAUUUGAGCAACAAGAGAAGGACUCACAAAAGUUCAUUCCUACUUAG